AUGAAAAGAAACUAUUAUGAAGUACUUGGAAUUGACCACAAUUCCGAUAGUAGUACCGUCAAAAAAGCAUAUAAAAAUAUGGCAUUGAAAUAUCACCCUGAUAAAAACUCAUUGAAUCCAGUGAUCAAUCAUCGUUUCAAUGAAAUCAGAGAGGCAUAUGAAAUAUUAUCGAAUCCACUCUCGAAAUUAUCAUAUGAUAAUAAUAUAACUACAAUAACAACGACAACACAAUCAUCGUCAUCACAACAACAACAACAACCUCAACCACAUCAUCCAUAUCAACAUCAACCAUUUAGUAAUAUAAUUCAUGGUACCAAUACCAAUAAUACAAAUACCAAUACAAAUGUGAAUAUUAAUAAUAAUAGAGUAUCUUUAUCACCUCCAUCUUCACCGGUGAAUUCAAUUGGAUCUUCAACUAAUUUGACACCAGCGACACGAAACUCAAUGACUACCACCACAACAACUACAACCACAACACACGACUCAUUUGGUAACAUUUUAAAUCAAUCAAAUAAUCAUAUUACAAAAGAAACUGAAAGUUGUAGUAGUAGUAGUAGAAGUAAUCGUUAUCUUUCUAGUAUAAGCAGUAGCAGUAGCAGCAGUAGUAGUAGCAGCAGCAGUAGUAGUAGUAGCAGUAGUAGUAAUAAAGAACAGAGUAAAAGUAUAAAGAAUAAUUUAAAUCAAUCUUCAUCAUUUGUACAUAACAGAAUACCAUUUACAACUACACAAUAUACCAAUACAACAACAGUAACUACAACCACUUGUACAGAACCAACAUCACCAACUUUAGAUAGUGACAAUAAAACUAUUAUCAAUAUCGACAAUAAUAAAAAUAACAACAACAAUGUUGAACAAAUUGAUUAUCCAAAAGAAGUUAUUGAUUUAUGUUCAUUAAAGAAUGCACCACCACCAUCAUCAUCACAAUCACCACCAGUAAUUGAUAUUAAAGAUAGUAAAGAUAAUAAUAAUAAUAAUAGUUGUUUAAAUAAUAGUAAUAAUAAUAAAUCAAAUAAAUUUGUUGGAUUGGAAAUAAAGAAUAUUCUGAUGCCAUCGAAUAAAGGACAGAGUAUAAUAACAACGUUACCAGUUACUUUCGAAGAGAGUGUAGAAGGUUGCAACAAGUCGUAUUUAAACAAAAAGAAUAUUAGUUGUCCACAGUGUGCUGCCAAUGGUUUCGAUUCGGUAUCAAGUUGUUCCCACUGCAAUGGCAAAGGCACAGUGAUAUCACAGCAGUUUCUCAAUGUCUACAUUCCACCCGGUAUCAACUCUGGCUACAAACAAAUAUUCAACGGACAAGGACAUGUCGGUGAGAACGGUGCACCUCACGGUGAUCUCAUUCUAUGUUUUGACGUACCAGAACAUCCAAGUUUUAGACGUGAUGGUGAUGAUGUUUGGGGAGAAGUAUCAGUUCAGAUGAUUGAAGCAGUUUUAGGUGGUAGAAUUACAGUUCCCUUUUUGUAUGGUACGAUGGAUAUCGAUAUUCAACCUGGAACUCAACCGAAUCAAAUUCUAAAGAUAAAGGAACAAGGUUUUACAAAUAUUUUCACAAGAAAGAAAGGCGAUUUCUUCUUAAAGAUAUCUGUGGUAAUUCCGAAAUCAUUAACACCAAGACAAUACGCAAUUUUAAAAGAGUUUUCGAAAGCAGCAGCAGCACAGAUUUAUAUAAAUAUAUAA